AUGGAGAAACGUCGCCGCCGCCAGAUGCAUUUCAGUGAUAUCCUGGCCAGCGGCAUGGCCGACGAGGACGACACUCAGGCAUGGGCUCGGACCCUUGUUCGAUGCCACCGCGAGCAGGGCGAGCACAGCUCUGUCAAUGUCGCUGCUUCCUCCCACGCGGAGAUCCCCAUGUCGGCCAAAUCUCCUGCUCAGGAGCUUCCUAUGCCUCCUCCUGGUAUGACCAGAAGAUCCCUCGUGCUGCCUCCCAUCAACGCCGCAGGAAUCAACCACCUCCUGCUCCAAACCAGGGCUCAUGACCCUGUCGCCCAGGCUCUCAUCCAGAAGAACACCAAGCACCUUCAGGAGCUGGGCACCUUUGACAAGUUGACAACCGGGAAGAGUACCAAGCCUGAUGACCAGGCUUUCUCCAAGGUCCCUGAUGAUGACGGUGAGACUGUCAACAUGCGAGUUCGAGCAGCUCAUGAGCGUCUUCAGGCGUUCAUCCAGUUCUUGCCUGAAGAUGAGUCAAGCCCACAGCCUACAUUUGCUCCUAUUGAUUCUCUCGCCGCAUUCAAUCUUCUCCCUGCUCCCGGUCCGUUUUCUGCUCGCGUACCUCCAGCCUCAUCAGCUCCUCUUGCUCUACUUGCUCGUCGUGACUCUCGUAAGUGA